UGUCACAGUCGGGCAGUAUCAGCGAACCCCCGCGUGGCUGCUUUCGCCACCCCUGCUUGCUGCCGCAGAGCCCAUGUUCGGAUGUUCCAGUCCAACCACAACCACAUAUUCCACAGUUGAGGGCUGAAGGAUGCAUUGGUCUAGUGGAUGCUCGGGUCUCCUUGGCGAUUCAUAAAAUGCUGCCGUGGCCGCCGCAGCCUCUUUCGAGAACCAAGGCCCCAGUUUCCAUCCUCUGACAUUGCCUCCGUACCUUCUGAUCUUCUCAUCAGUGUCCUCUCGCUUUCCGUUCUCGGCUCAAGGUGGCAUUCAGAGAUAUUCCCGCCGUCUCCAGUCCUCCAAUUCGACCUCGUUCCCAAAUCUACCAGCUGCUUUUAUUGCUUUCGCCUGCCGUCUCCAGUCGGUGUGGCUCAGCUGGAAAUCCUUGUCUUGUCCUCCGAAACCCCAAUAUAGCCAGCUUUCAAGCCACUCGCUACUCCGUACCACCUGCCGGCCCAUGCACCCCAACUCGAUUUAAUAUAUUUAUACGCACUGCGAGCCCAACCGACGGCCCGUCCAUUGAUCAGGUGCCCCCCUGAUCUCC